CCCUACCACAUUCAAUUCAGAUCUGCGGAGAAAUAAGCUUGGGUUUUGGGGAUUUUCGGAUCUGGGUUUUGAGGGGAGGAGCUGGAGGCAAAACAAUAUAGCAAAAAGGAGAUACGUUGAAUUCGAGGGGUCUAGAUCUAGGGUGGUUUUGAGUGGUUUUCUUUCCUGUAUCUCUCAAGUGCUCUCUCCUCAGUUAUGGCGUUCAAUUUUGCAGAUAUGACGAAAUGCUUGGCAGUAGCUUCUUUAGACUCUUGACCUUCCAUCUCCCACAGGUAGGCUGCAAUUGCUAUGCAUCAUCAUUAUAUUUUAUUUUAUGGAUGAAAAAAAAAAAAAAAAAAACAAAGAAAUCCAAAAAAUGUAAGGAGUAGGUCCUUCGCGGCCGGUCCGACCACAAGCUCCGCUGCUUUGUCCAUGUCGUGCCCGCUGCAUGCCGUGGGGAGCAACGUUGCUACUACUGUUAUGCCGAUGUUCUCAAUGUCGCCUCCAUCGAGCUGUUGGCUGGACUUGUGCCAGUCGAUCAUUGUUCAGUAUCCAGCCAUAUGCCAUUUAGGGCGUUGUUGUUGCAACCCACGAUUGGGGCAACAGAACAUGAAGAUAAGCAGAGGCAACAAUAGAAAUUGAGAUUUGAUUUUUCUAAGUUUAAUUGUGAUUUGAUUUUGUAAUGAAUUCAUACGAUUAUA